AUGAGAAUACGAAGAUCCCAUCUCGUCCUCGCCAUGUCUCUGUUGGCUAUAUCAUUGCUCCCAUCGUCAUCGGCAUUUUUGGUACCCGCCAACGACGUUGCUGGCGCUGGAAAGUCUCCCAGAUCGAUCUACAGCGACCACAUCCAGAACAGGAAAAACUCUGCUGCACAAUCAUCUAUGCUUGAUUCUGUCGGACACGCAAGGUCCUCGUCGUCAACCUCUCUCAAUGCCGUCAUUGACUUGCAUCUGGCAUCUGCCGUCGCAAACCAGUACAAUUACUGUUUGGCCCACUAUCCACUGCCAACUCAGUGUGUGACCUCCUCCAUUCUUUCGGGGAUCGGUGAUGUUGUGGCUCAAUUUGGCCAAUUCCAACAAAGGAAAAGCUCGAAAGGAGACGAUAUUCUUUUUCUGCCAAGUUCCACCACUGCAACCUUUUCAUUGGAUACGGACAGAUUGGCGCGAUUCAUGCUCAAAGGAUUUGGAGGAGGUGUCAUUUGGUCAGUCUGGUUUGGCACCAAUGAACUAUGGACCAAUCAACUGAUGCAGUAUCCAAUCAGCAGCAGCAAUGAUGGUGGUGGCGCGACAAUGACGGAAUGGCUCUCCAGCCUCGGUGGUGGCACGGGUGCUGCGAUAGCUGGCAAGACAAUGACGUCCAUUCUGUUGGAACAGUUUGUAGGAGCUCCGAUCAUCUAUACCUUUUGGGAUAUCCCAGUGCCGACAUUGCUCAACCCCACCAGCGACAAUCGUUCUAUUCCAAGAGAAGUGCAAACAAAACUACCAGCAUUACUGAUUGACAAUGCCAAAAUUUGGAGCUUUGCCAACGUCUUGGUGUACAAUGCACCACUGGAGUACCGUGUCUUGAUAUCCAGUCUGUUUGAUAUCAUUUGGCAGAGCAUUGUUUCGGCUCAUGUCAUGACCACCACCAGACCAGUUAUAUCUACCCCUGAUGCUGGGUUGGACAAGAUUUUGUUGCCAGAGGCAAACACAGUGACAAGUGAAAGGUUGCCCGAAACAGGCAAGGUCGCAGUAUAA